CACACACACAGGCACAAACACACACACAUCAGCAGGUGCUGCAUCACUGCUCUACUCUGCCUCACACACACACACAGUGUAGACAGUGCAAGAUCUGGCUGAAUGCACUAACCUGCAUCAUGCACACAGGUGAAUAUCCACACAAAGCUUACCUCUGAGCCCAGGAGAACCUCUGUCAGAGUGCUAUCGGUUUUCACAGCAGAUGGCAACGCUGGCAAAGAUGCUGAAAGACAGGUAAAGGGAGGGAGCCGUCAGCACCGGCUGACUGCAGACAGACAAACACUUCUACGGAGACUUGCUGUGGUGAUGGUGAAUCAAUAUCUUAAGACUACCUGAUGACAAUGGAGUUUCUAGGGCCUGACUUCAUCACCUGCUGUCACCAAACAGAUGCAGUGUAACCUUUUAAAACCCACCUGCUCUAUUAUCCAGCAUAUUUCUUGCCUUAUUGCUACCAUUCCACUGUACCAGCACAUCCUUAAACAUUAUCUACCUGCUCGACACUUGCCCAGGUGCUUCCAUUAGCUUUUAAAAGCUCCUCCAGUUUUUUUCUCCCUUCAGAGAACCUCCAUUCCCAGAUGAUGCGGACGGACGUUAAAGGCCGAAGCGCCUCCCCUCACAGGAUAACCUAUAAGUCUGACUUCCACGCCAUCAAAUGUUCAUUUGACACUGCGACCAGUCUACAACCAGCGACCAAACCUGCUGCUGCUGCAGUGCACCCAACCAGGCUGCCAUCCAGCCUGUCCGAUCCAAUGAUGUCCCACAGCAGCACCAGUGGCAGCAGAGGGAGAGUCCACAGCACCAGGGGGACCAAGAUCCGAGACAACAUCUUCCUGAAAAUGGACAACCGGCAGCCGAAACCAGAUGGAGGUCCGGUGCAGAGUUCUGGCUCCCCACCCCUCCUUCCUCCCCGUAAUCCCACCCUACAGCUCCAAACGUCACCUUUCUCUGCAUCCAGACGUUCGGUCGUCAUUUCCUCGUCUGUUCUGAGCACCGCGGCCAACAUUUCUCUUCCAGAAUCUUCCCUGCCGCAGGAUAAAUCAACCAGAUCAGAGGAGAUGGCGGACAUUGACAGAGCUGCUCUGGCUCAGAAGUUCUCUGUCACCCGGAGGUUGUUUGAGACCAAGGUGAUGGAGGUUGGAGGUGGUGGAGGGCAGGUUUCGAAAGGGAGGGGAAGCAAAGCGGAUGGGGAAGAGGGGAUAGUGGGAGCCAGCCAGGUGGAAAAAGAGGGGGCUGGCUUUGAUAAAGACCAAUCCGUAAACCCACCCAUCGUAAAUGUGUCCUUGCCAAAGCCUCCUCCACAGGACUCGCUGACAAGGCACCCUACAUCACCCGUAUCCGAUGGCCCAGGUGAAUCAUCCAACAAAUCUCCCUCCUGUCUUGACAAACAUGGUCAAACCACAGCAUCACAAACGGAGGAAGAAAGGACAGCAAGUGCUACUCUUAACUUCUACUUGACUCCUGAGGAGCCAGUGAGGGCGGAACUAGUGGACGUAAAGAACGGGUCAUCAGAAAGUGAUGAGAAUGAGGAAGAAAAGGAGCGGAAAGAGGACAAAAACUGGCGUAAGGAUGAGGGGGGGAAGUACACGAACAAGGUUGUAGGAGAACGUGUGCAGGAGCUAGUGGAUGAUGUUUUUGAAGAGCCCCGCAUGGAAACACCUAGACCUUGUAGGCCAGUUGUUCCUUCAGAAGAACACCAGAAGGAGUCAGCAUCAGCCAGCGUGCCAUCUAAAAGAGAGACUACGGAAGGCCGGGAAGGUGAAAGAGACAAGUAUCAGCAGGUGAGUGAAGAAUGGGAGGGUGAAAGGGAGGGGCAGAACACCCAGUUCAUUGCACGGGCUGAGGAGUCAACAGAAAAGAGGGACAACGGGGAGAAAAAGCCUGUGGAAGAAAGUGCUGGAAGGACAGAGAGCGACGUGAUGCAAGAGGAGGAUGAUGACAAGGAAGUUGAGCGAUACAGUGUGGGAAAAAGGAAAGGUGGAGAAGAAGAAGAACGCAAACAAAGUCGAGAGGAGGAAAGAACUGAGGGAAAAGGAGGUUCAACAUCGGAGCCGCGAGAGGAGAUCCAGCACGAGCAGCGCAGAGAAGGCAGGGAUGGAAGAGAUGAUAUCAGAGAAGGCGAAGAGGACCAGACAGGAUGUGCAGUUAUAUGCGGGAUUGAGAACGAGGCUUUUGUGCAUGAGCAGGAAUCCCACUCUCACCCAGAGCAUCCAAGUCAGGAAUGGGAAAACUCUUUACAUGGAAAUCUGCUUUCAAUGCAAUAUGCGGAAAUUCCUGGUGUGCCUGAACUGGAGGAGGAGGAGGAGGAGGAGGAGGAGGAGGAGGAGGAGGAGGAGGAGGAGGAGGAGAAGGAGAAGGAGGAUGCAGCAGAAGUUGCAAAGAGAAAAGUCCGGUUCACGUCAGCACCAAUCAAGGUGUACAGCACUUAUUCUAAUGCAGAGUACGACAGACACAAUGAGGACAUUGACCCGGUGUCCGCCUCGGCUGAGUUUGAGCUGGAGAAGAGAGUGGACAGGAUGGAUGUCUUUCCGGUGGAGAUAGAGAAGGGAGAAGAGGGCCUGGGCAUCAGUAUAAUAGGAAUGGGUGUAGGAGCCGACCAGGGGCUGGAAAAACUGGGAAUCUUUGUCAAGACAGUCACCGAAGGAGGAGCAACACAGAAGGAUCGAAGGAUUCAGGUGAAUGACCAGAUAGUGGAGGUUGAUGGGGUGAGUUUGGUCGGAGUGUCCCAGCUGUUUGAGGCAAAAAGGCUAAAAAAAAGCCCCCCCCCCUCCAAAAAAAUGUUUUUGAUUGGCCGAGAGAAGGCGGGCGUGGAGAGCGAGGUGGCGCGACUGAUCAACGAAAGCCUGGAAAUGGAUAAAACAUCCAAGAUGGGAAGAGCAAGCGAGGAUGAGGAAAAUGACUGUAGCAUGUCAGAGAGGUCAGUGGCAGAGGAAGAGGAGGAAGAUGAAGUGGAGGACGUCGCUGUUCUUUCCGGUCUGGACAACUACCAGCUUUGCCUCAAAUACCAGCAGCUUCAGUCGAAACUACGAAACCGAGCAGCCCAGCUUCACCACGCCAGAGAAAAGUUAAAGGCAUGGGAGGAGCAGCAGGCCUGUUGGGAGAGCCAGAGGACUGAGCUGGAGCAAAGAGUGGAAGAUGGAGAGGACAAAGCUGACAAACUAGAGAAGUAUUGGCAAGAGGCCCAGACACUAUGCAGGGUUGUGAGCCAGCGACUGGCUGAUGCCCAGAGCCAAUCGGAAAGCUUGGAGAUCAAAUACAGCAAAGCCAAGAGACUGGUCAGAGAAUACCAGAGCAGAGAGGAGGAAAGGGAGAACAGAGAAGCAGAUUUGAGAGGACAAAUGGUGGAGAGAGAGAAGCUGCACAGAGAGACAGUUGAAAGACUACAAAUCCAGAUAGCGCAGCUUGAGGGGAAAAAUCCUGCAGCUGAGAGAGAGAACCACUCUGGGGACACUUCAGGCACAGACUGGCAUCUUCCAGUUCCUGACGCAGGACGUCUAGACUCCAGCGCUCACAAAGCCAAAGCUCAGCUGGCCCAGAAAUCCAAGCGCCACCCGCCCUCUCGAGACAAACUCCGAGAGAGCUUCAGAAAGCAGGAAGAGGAAGUUGAGAAACCACAGCAGAGCGAGUCCCUGUCUGCUGCCACGGUGAUCCAAAGGAGCAGCAGAAGUGACCUGUCCAGCGCCUCGUCUUUCUCCGCCCUCAGUCCUCACCCUGCCAGCAGCUCCGUCUUCACGCCUCCCAUCUACAUCACUGGCACCGUCACUCCCUCGUCACGCAACUCCUCCACAUCCAGAAAGUCCAAAAGGAGAUUUCCCAACUUCAGUGGCCUUCGCAAGUCUCUCAGCAAAAGGAGAAGUGAGAAACACAGCAAAAGCUCCAUGAACAGCAGGGGGUCGUGUGGGGACCUGGUGGAUGAGCCCGCCGGGGUUUCUCCGUCCGAUUCAGUCGCCUCCAUGCCGUCUUGCCUGCACUUCCCGUGGUUCGCGGAGCGCGGGCGAGAAAAAGCCGCGGACGCCGAGAGAGGCAGGGAGAGACUUCGCUCUGUGUCCAGCAGCAGCUUACCGUACCUGACCACCACCGGUAGACGAGAUCAGAGUAUCGGCUCUCCAGUGGGCAGCUCCAGCAUGGUGGGUCAUGUCUCGGUUCUCUCCGGACACUCUCACACUUUCACCUUUUCCUCCACUGAGACGUUGGACGAUGACCCAGUUCCCAGCAAUAACAACCACCAGUGGCCGAGUCGACCCGUCUCGGAGUGGAACAGCCAGCAGGUGUGCCUGUGGCUAGUCGCCAUGAACAUGGACGAGUACGCGUCAGAGUUCGCCGCCAGAGGCGUGGACGGGCCACAGCUGCUCAACAUGGACAGUGAGAAACUCAAGGCUCUGGGGGUGUGCAGUCAAAGCGACCGGUCCGCCCUCAAGAGGAAGCUGAAGGAGAUGAAGAAAAAAGAGGAAAAAGAACAGAGGAGAGGAGAGAAGAGGCCCAAAGAGGAAAUGGAGAAAGAUAAGAACAAUGUUUUGGAAAAGGAGAGUGAAGACCAAGAGAAGGCGAGGGUGAUGAUGAUGAUGAUGAAGUCUGUACAAGAUGCCAGACUCAGUGGCAAAACCAUAAGAACAGAGUCCCUCUUAUAAAAGGAAAGAGGUGAUAUCUGAGAUACACCACCAGCAUGAGGGCGUGUUUGCAGCUUUAACACGCACAAAAAUACACUUGAAACCAUUUCUAUUUAGUUAAUAGAAACGUCUAGAUCUACUGCACCCAUCCUCACACAUCUCAAAGGCUAUCAUUUAGUAUACAGCAGAACACUGGUUGGUUUUAACUGAUGGAUCUUUAGAGCAGAGGUUACUCAUGCACAAGUUCACACUUGCAGCAAAUGUUUAUUUCCGUAUGUUAUGUACAUGUUAAGUGUGUGUGUGUGACAAGCUACUGUUUCACGGUAACUGUUUAUUUUUUUUUUUAAUCAUGAAUCUUAAAUUAUCCUUUUAGAAUGAUCUUUAAUAUUUAACGAUGUGCUGACUUAAGCACUCAGGUAUUUGCUGUAAAUGCUUUUUUUAUGUAUUAAUAAAUAAUGCUUUAAACUUGC